ACAAGAAACCAAAACAUAGAAUUUUCUAGAUAUGUCGUCUGCUGCUUGUUACGCCGUCAAACGUAUCGCGUAAUCUGAAACGUUGUUACAUCAUUUUUCAGUCAAGAAGCAUAGGAUUUGUCCGAUUGUUUCACAUCCAUUUAUAAGAACAGGGACAUUGUGUAAGAUUUAAAAUGCUGUCGGCCCACGUUGUUCGAUUUGGUUUGACCAACUUUGUUGGUAAAACUUCCAUGCGUCAAACAGCUGUGCUUUUCUCAAAGCCCAAUGCCUACAAUGCUACUUUCAGACAAUUGUCCAACCAGACUCGCAAUAGUUUCACCCGUAGAACAACUAGAUCACGAACUCUAAAAGAAAUCGUCACAGCUCCAGCUGGAGAAGGAGCUUUUAGUCUUGGAAAGGGAUUAGUUUUGGGGGCCUCAGGACUUGGUCUUGGUGCCCUUUGCUUCUAUGGGUUAGGGUUUGGUUCUCAACCUGGAGCCAUUGAUAGAUCUGUAAUGUGGCCUGAAUAUGUCAAAGAAAGGAUUCGAUCGACAUACAUGUACUUUGGAGGUUCUGUAAUGCUGACUGCUGCCUCAGCUGUUGCUUGCUUUCGCAGUCCACUAAUUAUGAGAGUUGUCGCAGGAAACUCUAUGAUGGUAAUGUUGGGUUCCAUUGCAGUCAUGAUUGGUACGGGGAUGCUCGUCCGAAGCAUUCCAUACCAACCGGGUUUCGGUUCCAAGCAAGCGGCAUGGGCCCUACACUCAGCAGUCAUUGGUGCAGUUAUUGCCCCGAUGUGUUUCCUGGGUGGUCCAUUGCUUCUUCGUGCAGCAAUGUACACUGCCGGAAUUGUUGGUGGCCUAUCAACGGUUGCUGUUUGUGCCCCGAGUGAGAAGUUUUUGAACAUGGGAGGACCCUUGGCUAUCGGUUUUGGAGCCGUUUUUGCUGCAUCCAUUGGAAGUGCAUUUUUGCCACCUACUACGGCCCUUGGAGCUGGACUCUAUUCUAUUGCUCUUUACGGUGGACUGGUUCUCUUUUCAGCCUUCUUGCUUUAUGACACCCAAAAGAUUGUAAAAGCUGCAGAAGUUCACUCCCCCUAUGCUGCUCGACCUUUUGAUCCAGUCAAUGCUUCCAUUUCGAUCUAUAUGGACACGAUCAACAUCUUCGUUCGCAUUGCCACCAUCCUUGCUGGAGGCGGAAACAAGAGACGUUAAAUUACGAAUUUUAUCUUCAAUUGAAAACCGAUGCCGUUCAAAUAGUUGCAUCUUAAUUGCACUCGCUUCUCACAUUAGACAAGUUAUAUCCGGAAAACUGUAAAAUUGAAAGGAAAUAUAAGAAUUAUUCCUUUAA